GUGCGCUUUCUUCCCAGCAGAGAGCGUCCCGCUCUACACGCACACUCACGCACACAUCGGGGUCACUCUACUUCCAGUAAGCGGACUGAUUUCCACUCCCGUAUCUCCUGAAUAUCGCACAUGAACAGUCUGACGGACGCCAGCAGACAUUGACUACCUGUGCACCUUCAGCGUGCGUCACAGAAACUCGUCUAAUUGUUUCCUCCGCGGUUUCCUACCCGGUGAUUUUGGAUUACGGAGAAUAACAAGCAGCGUGGGCGCGUAACUCCCCAAAUCAUGGAUUUAUGGAUAAAGUUGACGUUGUUGUGCAGCUGCUGCUUUGGAGCAAGUGCAGACUUUGAUGGCAGGUGGCCACGGCAGAUGGCCUCGUCCACUGGCCUGUGUCGAUACGCCAGGGUGGACUGCUGCUGGGGAUGGACACGCCGUUCCUGGGGUCACUGCCAGCCUCUCCUCGCCUUAACUCACAGAGUAGCCGGGAUAAGGUGCCAGCCCCAAGCUGUGUGCCAGCCUGGCUGUAAGCACGGAGACUGCGUGGGACCCAAUAAGUGCAAGUGCCACCCUGGCUUUACCGGCAAGACCUGCAACCAAGAAGAAGAGCUGGACUAUUUAACCCCACCAGUGUGGGCCAGUCACCUUCCUGUCUUUCUUCCUGUGGACCAUCAACCAGCGAGAGUAGUGAUGGAGGACCUGAAUGAGUGCGGUCUGAAGCCGAGGCCCUGUAAACACAGGUGCAUGAAUACAUAUGGGAGUUACAAGUGCUACUGCCUCAACGGUUACAUGCUGAUGCCUGACGGGACCUGUGGAAAUGCUCGCACUUGUGGCAUGGCCAACUGCCAGUAUGGCUGCGAGGUGCUGAAAGGAGAGGUCCGAUGUCAGUGUCCGUCACCGGGGCUACAGCUGGCUCCGGAUGGAAGAACCUGUGUGGAUGUGGAUGAGUGUGCCACAGGGAUAGCAGUGUGUCCCAGGUUCAGGAAAUGCAUAAACACUUUUGGUAGCUACAUCUGCAAGUGCCAUGAAGGCUUUGACCUGCAAUACAUCAAUGGAAAAUACCAAUGCAUAGAUGUGGAUGAGUGCUCUUUAGGUCAGAGCCACUGCAGCAGCUUCGCCACCUGCUACAACACGCCAGGCUCAUACAAGUGCAAAUGCAAAGACGGCUACAGGGGGAUGGGCCACGACUGCAAACCCAUUCCUAAGGUGGUUAUUGACCCCCCGAGACCAGGCAAACUGCCUCCAAAUCAUCACAACCGCAUCCCUGACAUGGAUCAGAAGAGGACCACCACCACCAUGCGCCCACCAGUGACUCAAAAGAGAAUCUUCCCCAUUAUCACCAAAUCAACAACCGCCAUGACUAUGAGAACCACGACAACGACCAAAGCACCUCUGCCUCCAACGAGGGUCACCCCACCUCCACGCAAGCCAGCAGUUCCUACCAGGAAGCCCUUUAUCCCAACCAGGAAGCCACCAGUACCUACACGCAAGCCCUACAUCCCACCAAGGCCAGUGGCUCCCACCAAACGGCCCCCCCCUACACCACCACCGAUCACACCUGUAGACAACACCAUUGAGAAGGAGGUCACCAAACAGAGAGGGGAUGUCCACAUCCCUCGGAACCACGGCCAUAACACUGUCCUUGGCGUCGACUUUGACAUUGAGCUCGGCAACACGGCAGAUGAAGCCAAGGACGACCCAGAGUCGGGCUAUCUGAGCUGCUCCUUUGAUGAUGGUCUUUGUGGUUGGAUCAGGGACAAGGACGGAGACCUUCACUGGGAGACAACGCCUGAUCCAUCAGGUGGACGGUACCUCACCAUUCCCGAGGUAGGCAACAAGAGGACUGGGCGAGGGGCACGGCUGGUCCUCCCACUCACCCCCCCCUGGAACGACGGCAAUCUGUGCCUGUCGUUCCGGCACAAGCUGGCAGGCCACCAUGUGGGCAUGCUGCAAGUGUUUGUGAAGAAGGGAAAGCAGUACAGUCCAGCAGUCUGGGGCCGGACAGGUGGAAAUGGCUGGAGGCACACCCAAAUCACAUUAUGGGGCACAGGCCUAGAAAGUGUGAUCCUGAAGGGGGAGCGUGGGCGAGGCAGGAGCGGUGAGAUGGCUGUGGACGACAUCACCCUGAGGAAAGGCUCCUGCACAGAGGAGCACAAUCUGAGGAGACUCUGACUGACAGAACAGAAAAGGGCAGAAAGAAAACAAGAGGGAAAAUCAUCUCAAAGAGAACUGACUCUGUUGUGACAUCCCCUCACUCUGUCUGCCCCCCUCCCUCCCUCCUCCCUCCCCACCGUCCCUCCCAUUCUGUGAACGAUAUCUAAAAAACUGUCUGAAGAACAGUACAUUUCUCUUUCUUGACUGACCAUGAAUAAAAAGACUGAAUCGAAAUGUCAUGACCGGAUCCCAGCAGCACACCCCUUGUCUUUUCAGCCUCCCUCUCACUCUAUCAUCUUGUUACUAUGAAACCUGCAUGUACCUACUUACCAUGGAAAUGUCCCACAUCUAACACAGCCCUGGCAGCCUUCCAGCCACACCGCUGAGAGGCCCACAUUUACUUCAUUUCUUCCUGGAGAGAGGACUGUUCCCUCACUGCUUUUGCUUUGCUUUGAUCCUUUAACCACAUGCCAUUGCUUUUUAUUUGAUUGAUGUAAACACGUGGCCAGGGGUGCAUUUUGUGACUAUUUUGAUCAUCAAAUGGAAUACAUUUCUUUAAAGGGUUAGAGUAAAAAAAAAAAAAAUUAUAUAAAAGACAAAUUGUAUUUGUCAUAAUUGUUUUCCUAAUUCAGAUGACUCUAAAUCUGAUAUAAACCCAAAGUAUAAAAUCAACUAGUAAGUAAGUUUUGCCCUGCUUUUGUUGGUCUAAUCUGAGUUUCUGGUAUUGCAACUGUUCUAUAGCACAGUUUGGACUGAAACAAUGCAGCUUUGUUUUGUUGUUACAGAAUUUCAAAGAUCUCUUUGGUAGGUAGAAGAGUGUUUAAAAAUUUAGCACAGGUAGUAGUUUGACCACUUCAUUGUUAUUGUUUUUCAGAUACUUGAAAUUUGUCAAACAGAAUCAAUGUAUGGUUUUUGACACUUGCAAAUCAACACUUACUUUCUAUUAAACAGUAUGUGCUUUGUUAUAUUAAGUGCAGUUUGUUACAAAGAUGAUACCAACAAUUUUUUAGGCUUUCACAAAUUGUAUUAUUGUAAAUGUAGCUGUGUGUACAUACUCUAAAGAUCUACAAUCCCAUUUGUUGUGUGGUUUUUACGUUGUGUAAAUUCAUAUAUGGAUAUUAAUUGGAUCUCAAAAUAGUUGGUAUUUCAACUUUUAAUUAAAGAACAUGUAUACAGAUGGAAACUUUGUGUAGUGCAAGGCUGUGUUUAACAUGCACAAAAUAUGUAUUAUGUUAUGGUAUAAUGCUCUGUCUGUAACUUGCAAAGCACAUAGUUGCAUAUCGUAUGCUGUGAUAAUGAAGGGCAUCGGCUGGAAUUUCAAGGUUUUCUGUAUGCAUGGGUGCAUUCACCAAAUUCAGAUUUAUCCAGACCAGUGUGUAAAUAAAAUACAUUUGACUGAUAUA